UGCCCAGCAAGUCACUGGAUCACUUUUACAGACCAGCAGCACUAAUCUCUCAUCUCCUAUAUUGAGCAUCAUGACCUCCACCAGAAGCUUCAGCACCCGCUCCGCAGUUCCAUCUGCUGGUUUUAGCCAGAUGAGGAUUAGCCAGACGCGCUCCUCCAGCGGUGGUGGUGCAGGGCUUGGAAGGUCAGGUGGCUUCAGCAGCUCCAGUUUAUCAAACCUGGGCUCAGUGAAAAAGAGCGUCUCUUAUGGUGUCUCUAGCGGCAGGUCAGGCUUUGGUGGCGGCUCUGGCUUUGGUGGUGGUGCUGGCUUCGGUGGUGGUGCUGGCUUUGGUGGUUCAAGUGCUUAUGGGUUCAGUUCUGGAGGCGGUGCAGGCUAUGGAAAUGCCGGUGUUGGUGGACAUGGAAUCCAAGAGGUGACCAUCAACCACAGCCUGUUGGCACCUCUGAACCUGGAGUUUGACCCAACCAUCCAAACCGUCAGGAAGGAAGAGAGAGAACAAAUUAAGACCCUGAACAACAAAUUUGCAUCUUUCAUUGACAAGGUUAGGUUCCUAGAACAACAAAACAAGGUGCUGGAAACCAAAUGGGAACUUUUGCAAAACCAGAAAUCCGGCUCCAAAGCCAGCAACAUUGGCCCCCUGUUUGAAGCUUACAUUUCUAACCUGAGGAGGCAACUUGACAGCUUGACCAGUGACAAGAGCAGACUGGAUGGGGAGCUUAGAAACAUGCAAGAUAUGGUUGAAGACUUCAAGAACAAGUAUGAGGAUGAAAUUAACAAGCGCACUUCUGCUGAGAAUGAGUUUGUGGUGUUGAAGAAGGAUGUUGAUUCUGCCUACAUGAACAAGGUGGAGCUGGAGGCCAGAGUAGAUGGUCUGACUGAUGAAAUUAACUUCUUGAGAGCCCUGUAUGAAUCAGAGCUGCGUGAGUUGCAGGCACAGAUCUCUGACACUUCAGUUGUUCUCUCCAUGGACAACAACAGAAGUUUGGACUUAGACGGUAUCAUUGCUGAAGUCAAGUCUCAGUAUGAAGAGAUAGCCAACAAGAGCCGUGCAGAAGCAGAGGCUGUAUACCAGAAUAAGUUCCAGGAACUACAAGCCACCGCUGGCAAACAUGGUGAUGACCUGCGUAGCACCAAGACUGAGAUCUCUGAGCUAAACCGUGCAAUCCAGAGACUGCAGGCUGAAAUUGAGAAUGUGAAGGCACAGCGUGCUAAGCUGGAAGCUUCCAUUGCUGAAGCAGAGGAACGUGGAGAGUUGGCACUGAAGGAUGCCCGGGAAAAGUUGAACGAACUGGAGGCUGCUCUGCAGAAGGCCAAGCAAGACAUGGCUCGCCAGCUGCGUGAAUACCAGGAGCUCAUGAAUGUGAAGUUGGCUCUAGAUAUUGAGAUUGCCACCUACAGAAAACUGCUGGAGGGAGAAGAGAGCCGGCUGUCUGGUGAUGUAGUGAGUGCUGUCAAUGUCUCCAUGGUGAACUCUAGUGCUGGAGGCAGCAGUUCAAGUGGAGGUGGAUAUGGAUAUGGUUCUGGAAGCGGCUUUGGAGGUGGUAGCGGCUUUGGAGGUGGUAGCUCUCUGAGCUUUGGUGCUGGAAGCGGCAUUGGAAGUGGCUCAUACAAGUUUGGAAGUGGAGGAUCCAGCGGUGUGAAGUCUUAUUCCGUAACAACCACAUCAUCUAGCAGAAGCAGCCUGAGACACUAAGAAUCCCUCUAACUCCCUCUAAUGGUGUCACUUGCAUAAAUGACAACUACAGCACUAAACAAAUCUUCAAAUAACUGGUAGAGGAUAAUGUUUAUCAACAGGGCAGAUGCAAUGAUGAGGUUUCUGUAUCACAGAAAAGCCCAUUUCCUUUACAAUUAUACAUUUGAGGAUAUGGUUAGUUUCUGAGGCUGUCAGUGAUUUUCUCUCUUUGCUUCUAUAUUGCAACCUCUUCCUUAGCUCCUGCCCACUGCCUUUUAAUUUCAUGAGACUGUCUGGUAGCAUUGCGACUGUCUGGUGAUUGUAAGAUGAAAUACGGCUUCCCAUUUCACACUGCAUAAAUACCUGAGGCACUCUUGAAAUAGUUCAUACCAACCUCUGCAAGUCAAUUUGCUACCAAGACAAAUGAUAAAUUUCACACGUGAAUCCCCAAAUUGUAAAAUGUAACAGUAUUUCGGGGUGAUUUGCAGAUAUACUCAGUUAUUGUUUGUAUCCUUAGAGAUAUACGGUGCUAAUAUUACCUUAAAAGAUCAUAAAGUCUCUGAUAUUCAUUUUGAUGCCAGGCAGCUAAACAAUAUUGAGUCAAAUGCCUUUAAUUCAAAAUUUGACCUGCAUCUGUAAAAGAACCCAGAAAAUGGGAAACAAUAAUUGCUUCCCUAACUAAUAUCUGAUCUGUGUUUGUUGGUGAAACUCUUCUGACUUUGUGGAGAGGGAUUUUAUGUGUGUUAUAAAAAAGUGUGGAACAUCUUCAAUAAAAUUCCUUCAGCCCAAAUA